AUGCCCAAUUCAAUGAAAGACCCACUUAAUGAAAAACAGAGUGAGACAGGCACAAACGACCGACCAGAUUCUAUAAGGACAACUACUACAAUGAUGCCUGAGACAAAUUGGAACAGUAUUUACACAGCAAGUAUGCUUUCCUUUAUUGGAACAGUCCAAUUCUCACUUUAUUUCUCUUCAAUGUGGCCAUACGUACAAAUUAUUGACCGCUCAAUAAACGAAACAAUGUUUGGAUGGAUUAUAGCAAUAUACAGCGUUGGACAAAUAAUUUCUGCCCCAUUAUUCGGCUAUUGGAGUAACAAAAUUCAACAAGUCCGUCUUCCCCUUUUUGUUGGACUAGCACUUAUGUUUAUGGGAAAUCUUUGUUAUCUGAGCUUAGAAUUAACAACAAUACCCAAAUUAUAUAUUCUUUUAUUUGGAAGGUUUAUGACGGGGAUGGGCUCUGCAUUCCAACUUUUAUUCACUUCAUUUACAUAUCCGGGCACUACACUCCUCGGACAUUUACGAUUUAAUUUGUUUACUGGACCUGCAUUUUUGGCUUGUACAAUGAAUUUAUUUGGUACAAUUAUUUUGCUAUUUAUUUUCAAAGAAGUAUAUGCGGGUCUGCACCAUGAAGAAUAUAAUAAAAUUGUUCGGGUUGAAAAUGGGGAAAGCAACAGAUCAGAAACAGCUACAACAAAGGCAAGUUUUACGAAAAUUGGCUCAGUAAAUUCUCUAACAUCUUCAUUGCCUUCAAAAUUACCCCCCUACGAUUUAAUUGCUUGUUUUGUUUGUUAUCUAAGUCGAUUUACCCAAAUGUUUGUCCAAACAAAUUUGGAAACAAUAGGAAGUCCUUUUUCUAUGACAAUGUUUGGAAUGACUGAACAAAAAUCCGUGGAAGUUAUUUCUAUUGCCCAAGCAUUGGUUGGGUCUAUAACUUUUGCUACUUAUAUUUUUUAUAUUUAUUUUAAAUCUUCGAAUAUGGAAUUAAAUUUCCGCCUAAGUUGUAUUUUGUCUAUAUUAGGCCUUGGAGCUUUUCAUAUAGUUACUUUUCCGUGGCCUUUCCUUAGCAAUCCGCUACAAGUUUAUACGGAGAAAGAAAGACUAGCUUAUAAAGUAGAACACUUACCUGCUGACUUGGAACCUGUUGGGUGUAAUACAGACAAAUUUGAUUGGUGUUACAACAUUGGGCAAGUAAAUGUUUGGAUAUAUUUUAUUUCUUAUGUUGUAUUUAUUGGAUUUGCAUUUCCAAUACUUAAUAUAGCCAUGAACACUUUAUUUUCUCAUAUAAUUGGGCCUAGACGACAGGGAACGCAACAAGGGUUUUUUCAAAUAUCUGGAAGUAUUGCUAGAAUGAUUGGACCUAUUGGGAUGAGCACAUUAUACACAAUGUAUGGUCCACGCAUGGCUUGGACAAUGGAAUUAUUAAUUAUUGGAAUAACUACACUUCUUUGGAUAAUUUUCUACAAAAGAAUGGUUCCAUUAUUGUCUUCUCCAUAUACUUCAAAUAGCACUAAAAGGAAAUUUACUGUUCAAAAUAUUUUUUGGAUUUCGUCCAUUAAGGGUUGA